GUGUGUGCUGCUCCCUUAGACAGGAGGUGUACAGUAGAUGUAUGUAUACGGAUAGCACUACUACGGUGCAAAGAUGAAACUCUCCUGAGAAAUAUACAACUGUGUGAGAACGACAUUCCGUCCUCGACAGCACGCGAGCAUGAGACGUACUGGAGAUAUUUACUGAUGUUUACAUCUCUGAUGUGUUGAUAUCAUUUUAUGAUAUGAUAUAUCGUCAUUUCAUGUGAUACAUAUUGUUUUAUACCCAUCAGUGUCAGAAAAAACUAAACACAAGGAUCAAAAUGAAUGUUAAACACGUGCUGUGCGUAACUUUCUCGAUGUUAACUCUUUACUUGGAUAGAAUAGUUGGUGUAACCAUGUAUUCCUACCCACAUUUAUACAACAAACGUUUGAAGCGGAAUAUACCUCACAAAACCUCCAGCGAUGUCUACAUGGAUCCAUGCAAAGCAGCGGCAUUUAUAGGAGAUAUAGCCUUAGCAGAUGAAGAUAUAGCUUACGCCAAAGCACACUCUAAUCGUGAAGAGGGGGACACGCGGGAUUUAUAUGGACUUCAGAUUGAUGACCCUAGGGCGUCAACCAUUCACAAAACAGGUCCUCAUACUACACUAGAAAAAAAUAUCAAUAAACAGGACAAAUUAAGUGGGAGAAAAUCUAAAAGACAUAAAAAGCAAAGAAAGCCGAGAAAACAGAAGAAAAACAAGAAGAAGAAGACACCGCUUAGAAAGUGUGCCAAAGGCGAUAAAAAAUGCAAAUCACUAAGAAAAGCAGAAAAGAAGAAGAGGAAAGAACAGAGAUACAGAAGGAAAAUCCAACGGAAAAUCAAGAGAAGGUUAGAAACAUCACCAGAGAGUUUGACAAACAGGCGAGAGAGACGUGCCGCCACUGCUCGUCCAGAGCGUCUCUGGGACUAUGGUGUCAUCCCGUACGAGAUCGAGGCCAAUUUUAGUGGACAACACAAAGCACUGUUUAAGCUGGCCAUGCGACACUGGGAGAACUACACGUGCGUGUCCUUCGUGGAGAAACAACCAGAACACAGUAACUACAUCGUGUUUACUGAGAGACCGUGUGGGUGCUGUUCCUUUGUUGGAAAAAGAGGAAGUGGAGCACAAGCGAUAUCUAUCGGAAAGAACUGUGACAAAUUUGGAAUAGUUGUUCACGAACUGGGACACGUGAUUGGAUUUUGGCAUGAACAUACACGACCGGAUAGAGAUGACCAUGUCCAGAUUAUAUACAAAAACAUCAUGCCUGGUCAGGAAUACAAUUUUAACAAACUGACAGAAAGUGAAGUGAAUUCUCUUGGAGAGGAGUAUGACUAUGGAAGUAUCAUGCACUAUGCCACCAACACAUUUGCCAGAGCAACCUAUGUAGACACUAUCCUGCCGAGGCAGAAAACGGAUGUGUAUCCAGAGAUAGGACAAAGAGUCCGUCUCAGUUCCGGGGACAUAAGACAAGCGAACAAAUUAUACAAAUGUCAAAAAUGCGGCAGAACCCUUCAGGAAUCUAUAGCGGAAUUUUCCCACACACCUAAUGCAAACGAGGCGGAGAUGUGUCACUGGAGAAUAUCGGCGACCCACGGGGAGAAGAUCGUUCUUAAUUUCACCGCCGUUGACAUUCCAGAAACAGUGGGCUGUGAAACAGACUACCUGGAAAUCCGAGAUGGUCACUACAUCAGAUCUCCUCUUCUUGGUCGUUACUGUGGCGAUCGAAUUCCACCAACUCUCACAUCCUCGGACAGUCGCAUGUGGUUGGAGUUCAGGUCAAGCAGAGGUCAGGGGACAGGCUUUAGCGCACAGUAUGAAGCGAUUUGUGGCGGUGAGAUCUACAAGGAGAAUGGACAACUGACUAGUCCGAACUAUCCUGAUGACUACAAACCGAACAAAGAGUGCGUCUGGAAAAUCUCUGUAGAGGAAGACUACUCUGUGGCACUCAAGUUCCAGUCGUUUGAGAUUGAAAACCAUGACAACUGCGUUUAUGACUAUCUGGAGAUACGGGAUGGACAUGAAGAUAAUUCACCCCUAAUUGGCAGAUUCUGUGGAUAUAAAAUCCCGGAAGAUAUCAAAUCUACAGGAAACAAGUUAUACGUGAAGUUUGUGUCUGACGGCUCUGUACAAAAAGCUGGUUUUGCCGCUUCGUUCGUAAAGGAGUAUGAUGAAUGUGCUACAGACUAUCAUGGCUGUGACCAUAUCUGUGUCAACACCCUUGGCAACUUUAAGUGUGAAUGUAAAAUUGGAUAUGAACUUCACUCAGACGGCAAGAAAUGUGAAGAUGCUUGUGGAGGCUACAUUGACCUAGCCAAUGGUACCAUUCAGAGUCCGUCGUUUCCGGACUUGUAUCCGCCCAACAAGAUGUGUGUGUGGGAGAUCGUAGCCCCGGACCAGUACAGAAUCACUCUCAACUUCACACAUUUCGACAUGGAGGGCAACAAUCAAGAUUGUGAGUAUGACUCGGUGAGGGUGAGCAGCGGUGUAGGAACAGAAGCGGUGGUACACGGCAUCUUCUGUGGCUCCAAUCUUCCUAUGCCAAUCACCUCUGAGAGCAACACACUCCGAAUCGAGUUCAACUCCGAUAACUCGGUGCAGAAAACAGGAUUCCAAGCUGUCUUCUUUACUGACAUGGACGAAUGUGCUGUAAACAAUGGAGGGUGUCAACACAUCUGUAAGAAUACAGUUGGGAGUUAUGAGUGCGCAUGUCACAAUGGAUUUACCCUGCAUGAAAACAAUCACGACUGUAAGGAAGGUGGGUGUCAACACACCAUUAGUGAUCCUCAAGGCGAGAUCAGCAGUCCCAACUGGCCGGACUACUACCCAAGCCGGAAAGACUGUGUGUGGCAAUUCACGACCACGGAAGGACACAGGAUCAAACUUGUGUUCCAGCACUUUGAAUUGGAACCACAUCAAGAAUGUACAUACGACCAUAUUGAGAUAUUUGACGGCAAAGACUCCAACGCUCGAAGUCUAGGUAGAUUCUGUGGCAGCAGUAUCCCUCGUCCCAUCAGCUCCAACAGUAAUGUAAUGUAUAUGGUCUUCUACUCGGAUGCGUCUGUACAACGUAAGGGAUUCCACGCCAAUCACAAGACGGAAUGCGGAGGGCACCUGACAGCUAAAGACGGUCAACAGAGGCUGUACUCGCACUCAAAGUAUGGCGACCAGAACUACGAUAACAAGAUGGAGUGCGAGUGGGUUAUAGAGGCCAAAAGCAACAAGCGUAUCAAGUUCUACUUUGUCACGUUUGAAAUAGAAGAUGAAAGUGAAUGCGGGUACGACAACGUGGAGAUCUAUGAUGGAAUGCAUGACACCGAUCCCUUGGUCGACAGAUACUGUGGAAGCAAGGUGCCAUCUGAAAUAAUAUCUUCAGGUGAAUAUCUCUUGAUUCGCUUCAAAUCUGAUGACACAAUUAACUGGAAGGGAUUCUCUGGAAUAUACCUCCAGACCAGUCCGGAACAGGAGGGACUAGGAGGGCUAAAGCAGCUCCCAAAUCUCCGAUAGUCUGGACCAGCCUGCCUUUCUAUCCAUGGAUUCGCUAGAAUUCCAACUGAUCCGAGCCAGUCCACAGCAGGUUUUAGACAAGGGACACCCACAACCUCUACCUUCCAUUAGUCUGUCUGCUGAUGUUUUACAGGUUCAGACUGUCCUGUACACGUGUUACCUGAAUAUGAAAGUUUUAUACAGGUUAUUUUGUGAGCAGGGUCCAAAGCAAUAAGCAUGAUAUGGGAAACUGUGGGUGAAAGUGUUCAAAAUGAAGGGAGAGAUCGAGGGCUCUGUGUUAGCUCAGCACCAAGACUAUUUCACUUCUCUACCUCGGUGUAACUCGAGCAGAAGAAGUCACAUUUUUGUAUAUUUUGCGUGUUGUAGGGAGAAAUGGAAAGGAAAUGCAAUAAUCAAAAUUGGGUAUUGUUGAAUGUGUUGUUGUUUUGGGUUGUACAUAUUCCACAUUAGUAACUCAGACAUGGUUGUGUUUUAUAUAUAUAUAUAUAUAUAUAUAUAUAUAUAGAGUGUAAGGAUAGCACAUUAAAUUAGUAUCAUUACAUUUUUUUUUUACAUUUUCUUAAACAUAUUCAUAUAAACUAAGUAUUGUACCAUGUUAGAUAUAGAGGUCAGAAUUUACUUUCUACAGUCAGGCUAGUUAUCUUUAAUUAUUUAUACUAUGGUGUCAGAAUGCGUUAAUUUGACAUUUUUGAUGGAUAUUACCAUGUAUUUCCAUGAACACUAUUGUAACUUGCUAUGAUAUGAUUUCGACAAAAUUAUAUAUACCAUCAACGAGAUACACAUUAGUUAUGGUCCACGAGAGUAUACAUAAAAAUUGUGUAACCUCACUGCUUUUCAUUGAUAUGAUAGUGUGGUUAUAGACAAUGGGAACAAAGCUCGUCAUAACACUCUAAGCUCGCUAUAAUACUCUUUUUUGUACAUUGGUAUGAAUGAUUGGGAUACUCAAGGCAGGGGCACAAGCUGGUAGAACUGGUAUUCACGAAUAUUUACAAAAUGUAGUGCCUCUGAGGGAUUAAUUUCUCCCAGCUUUGAGUUUUUUCCUCAUUUUAUAAUCGGACCUUCGGCCUUUUCCCGAUCAACUGGAAGGCCGCUGUAUUGCCGACUUCUUGGCGUCACAUCAAUGUCGUAUUACAUGUCGUUAUACAACAUAUGUUUUAAGUAUGAGAGUAAAUAUCAGUUACGUGUCGUACCAGGCACCUGUUAUCAGUAAGUUUUCGAUAUUAUUUAUUAGUGUGUUUUGCUUGUUGAAUUGCUAAUGUUACAUGUCAAUUUGGAUGCAAGAUAAGGCAUAUCACCAAUUACAUCCUAUAUCAUUAGCCUUAUUUACAUUACAAGGACAGAUUAAAACUGUACUAGUACCUCGUGCUCACGUAACAAUCUAAUUUUAACAUUACAUAUAACGUGUUUAACGAUCUACAUUGCAUAUGAAGUCUUAAUGAGUCAACUUUUAUGUUUAUAAUGUGUAGUGCUAUGUUCGUGACAACAUAACAUAUAUCUACGUGUUGCUUGUGUCAACAUUACAGGUACACAUCUGUUUCGACAUUAUACAUAUAACAUGUUUGCGAAAUAACAUUAUAUGAACAGUGUAUGAGAGACCUAUAUAGGGGUUGUCCUAUGAAGGUCUCCGAGUAUACAUGUUGUAUUAUUAACAUUAUAUGGAUUUGAAUUUCAUGAAAUUUACCUUUAGCUUAUUACUAUUUCAUAUUCAUUUAAUUUUUUAAAUAUUGUAAAUUAUUUUGAAAAAUAAAUGUCAUUUUUAA